GUAUCUGCUCCUCUUCCUCUCCUGCCUCCUCCUCCUCCUCAGCUCACUUCCUGAUACACCUGUUUGUCAGGUAGGAUCGUGAGUGUGCCAGCGCUGGGACACUGACUCAUGACUCCACAGGCUAUGGACACGAUCUCAGCGGCGCCUUGACGCAGCUCUUUUCUUUUCCAUUCUUCUUCUUCUUAUCCAGUAUCACAAUCGUCACGGACUAAAAUGCGUCGCCUGCGCCAGGGGAGCUUCGCUGCGGACGCGAUGUGGCUGCUGUGCGCGCUCGGUUGUUCGGUCCCUCCUCUAGUCGCCUCCAUUUCGGUGAGUUCUCCGCCAGAAGUCCAUGCAUUCAGUGGGGACGCCGUCAAGUUGUCCUGCGCUUUCACUUCCACCAGCAGGCCAACCAGUAAGAUGACUGUGGACUGGUCUUACAGGCCCCAGAGUGGAGGCCCACCACAGACAUUUUUCCACUUCUCCUCACGGGCGUUCCUUCCAUCAGACGGUCAGUUCGCUGGCCGUAUCCAGUGGCAGGGAACCCCGGCGCGAGGGGAAGCCUCCAUCACUUUGAUCAACGCCACGUUGAGUGAUAAUGGGACCUUUACAUGCUCCGUUAGAAACCCUCCUGAUGUCCACGGGUCCCCAACUUCACACACAGUACUCACAGUCACACCAAAAGCCAUCAGCGUUCGCUUCUCUGAUGUUGCCGUCCUGCUCGUUUUCAUCCUCCUCCCCUCUGGUGUCAUCACCAUCAUUCUGAUUGGACAGAUAAUCUGUCCCAAGAAGAAGCACAGCCAAUCGAAGGCCUACAGAUCACCCAUAGAGGUCACGGAGGGAGAGGAGUAUGACGUCCGCCAACAGGAGGUCAAAGAAAAGAGGCCCACAUGCUGUGACCUAUAUUUUAUGGUACAACAGGACCUGAUGGUGUAUUAA